CUUCCGUAAGUGGACUGCAGAUCAGCAGAGACGGCUCCUGUCCCACGUCCAUGCAGAGUGGCUGCUUGAAGUGCUGCAACCAAAGCUGGAAAUGGAGCCUGUUUCUGACCAGUUCAUGCAAUUCCACCCCAUCCAUGGUACCAAUGUUCGACUGGACCACUCGGGAACCCAGGCCACAAGAGUAGAGAGCUUUGCCAACGGAGUUUGUUUUAGCAAAUGCCCCCUGAAGCCUGGAGAGAUUUUUCUAAUAGAGAUUGAAGAUAAGGAGAUGGGAUGGUGUGGCCACCUCCGGAUUGGUCUGACCGCCAGGGACCCCAGGAGCUUAGAGGUGGUACCUGAAUACUCCAUUCCAAACUUGACAGAUUUAGGGGACAGCUGGAUAUUUGCUAUCACGCGCAACCAUAACAAGAUCAUCGAGGAGGAUGGGGUCAUAGAGCCCAGGCAGGGAGAACUUGUUGGGGGACGGAGGCUUGGGCGAGGGGAGGAAGAAGAUGGGGCUGGAGAUCAGGGAGACGAGGCGGCCAGGAACACAAAACCAAAGACUUUCUUCACCGACACCCACUUGUACAUCGAAAAUGUUCGAAUCCCCAGAGAUAAGCUGGUUGGUCGGAGCCGGCCCGGGCGCUACAGUCACAUUUUGGAUGACUUGUAUAAAACCAACGCCCUGCCUCCCACAGCCAGACGCAGCAGGAUAGGAGUACUGUAUGUGCCUAGAGGAGAAGGCCUGGCUGACAUGCACAUAGUCAUCAAUGGGGAGGACAUGGGAGCUUCUGCAAAGGGAAUCUCUACUGUGGGGCCUCUCUAUGCUGUGGUGGAUGUAUUUGCUGCUACCAAGUGUGUUCGGAUUGUCCAGGUGGAGUAUGGAUUCUCAUCCUUGCAGACACUGUGUAGGAAGGCCAUCCAGAAGCACAUUGUUCACAGGAUGGCCAUUGACUGGCUCGAGCUGCCAGAGGCGCUCAAACACUACUGCAAGCUCAGAGCGAGACACAUUCCAUCCAGGUGACUUAGCAGCUCUUCAGUUGCCGGUCGCAUCCAUUGUCUCUUCAGAGAGGCAGCACAAUACAGGUACAAUGCUCGGUAUUCUCCCGGGGGACAAUGACUACAACGCCCUUCUGGACAACUUGAGAAGUCAUGAUGGUGUAUUCACUCUGAGAAGAAACAGUAACAGAUUUUCUAUUGUGAGAAACACAAAACUGGAAGCAUUAAAAAGAAUCACAAAGCACGACAUCAGGGUAAGUCUGGUGUAUGUCUCAGUGAAAUCGCUGAUAUGACGUCAGUGAUUUCAGAUCUAAGAUGCAUUUCAGGUCAUAUUGUUUGCCUAAAAAUUAUGUUUUAUAUUUGGGAAGACCUCAUUUGGUUUCAUUUGAUAAUACAGAAAGAUCGCCUAAGUCUCAGGAGCAGGAGGAUGUGAAACAGAUCCUGUCUUUGAAGCAGCCGCCACAGGUCAUUUGAGGGACUUUGUACAGCUGUCUGUGUUCCCACUGCCUCAGACUGUACAGAGGUGUGCAGGAAUUCAACCCACAGGAUGUCACUCAGACAAGGGCCUAUGUGAAAGAGUGUUAAUACCUUAGUUCAGGUGUGUCCCUGUAAACUGACCAAAGUUCCCAUAGAGUACACUGUCAUUCAUGAUUACACAGCUAUAGUACACAGGCCCCGUAGCGGCCUACUUAUACUGCAUAUCAUGUACUGUAAUUAUGCUGAUGGCCUACAAAUGCAAUGCAAUACAAUAACAACAUUAUAUUUUUAUUUCCACAUUUUAUCUGUGCAGUAAUUACAUAUUUUUGUUAGGAACCUUUGUGCAAUAGUCUAAAGCCUCCCCUCAUUUCUUUAUAUUUGGCUUCCGGGGAGACUUUGUUUAAAUGAAAUUCUGUUUUUCUUUCUCUCAUUUUUAGUCCUGACUGUUUUCAGAGGAAUGUUUGUUACUUUGCUUGCUUGUUUGGCCACAUAGCACUGACCUAUGAAUCACUGGAGAAUAAGAAAAGGCUCAUAACUCAAAGGAUGACCCAGUGUUGUGUUUACACAUAACAGAAAAAUGGCAAAGAACCAGUUUUAAAUGGUGUCUUUAGGAACUUUGUUGCCAGCGGCCUGUUGCACAAGCACUGAGUUAGUUGUUAGUUGUUCCCAUUCCUUUAAUUGAAUCUAUGAAAAAUGCCAAAGAUAACACAGUUUGACAGGGAUGAAAUAGUGUUUGUGCACAAAAAGGUGAUUCACAAAGAGCUAUUAGCCAAAAUUAGCAGCUUUUAGCCAGACCACAACAUUAGUGAAGCAGUGUGGGAUCCUGUCGACAGCAAACAGAACAAAA